AUGAAGAACUUGAGGAAGCAGAAGACAACGAGCAGGAGAAAGCAAAGAAAGGCACACUUUGCCUGUAACAAUGGAGAGAAGAGGAUAAGAUCGUCGGCCCGCCUCUCAAAGGAGCUGAGGGAAAAGUAUGGCUUCAGGACAUUCCCAUUGAGGACUGGAGAUACUGUGGUUGUGAAGGGAGGUAAGUUUGAUGGAAAGGAAGGCACCAUCAGCAAGAUUAAUUAUAAGGACUAUAAGGUGUAUGUUGAGGGAUGCUUUGUGACCAAAAAUAAUGGGACAAAUGCGCUAGUGCCUAUUUAUCCCUCCAGACUGACCAUCACCAGCUUUUUCCUUGAAAAUGGUAGGGAGCAGCAGUUGGAAAGAAAGAAGAGGGCUAGAGAAAGUAACAUGGAAAUUCUUAGAAAUAAGCAAAAGGUUGCUGCUUAA